AUUGCUAUCCUAGAGUGAUAUAAAAGGAUGACUCUGAAAGGAGAAGGAGGAGGAGGACAACUGAAAGGAACUACAGAAAAUAUUUUCUGGAAGGUGAAAGUAUGGCAGACUACAGACUAUUCAGCUGUAUUUUAGUAAUAACUUUGUGUUUUCAAGGAUUUCAUUCACAGCGUCAAGUAACUCAAGGACGCGAUUGUUCCGAUAUAUGGCUGAAAAACAAGAAAGCACCUAGUGGAGUCUAUCUAAUCAAACCAGAUGGAGCGAAUGCCCCUUUUCAGGCUUACUGUGAAAUAACAAAGAGCGGAGGGUGGACUCGUAUCCAGUUUCGUAAUGGAUUAGAUGGACUCAAUUUUGAUAGAACGUGGAGCAUCUAUGAACAAGGGUUUGGAAAUGUCAACGGUGAGCAUUGGUUGGGACUGAAAAAUAUGAACAUCCUGACUAACCAGAAGAACAGAAAAUGUAAACUACGUAUUAACCUGCAAGACUUUUCCAAUGCCACGGCCUACGCACAAUAUGGCACCUUCAACAUCGGCGCCAACUCCACAUUCUAUCCGCUAACAGUAGGAAAAUUUUCAGGCACAGCCGGAGAUGCAUUCAAGGGAACUGUAGCCUCAGAGAAUCAGUAUGGCAGAGCUUUCAGCACCAAGGAUUCCCCCCAUGAUGGUUGCACUCCGAGAUGUCGCGUAGAUGAUAUGCUAUUUAAGAGCUGCAGUCACAAAGUGAAUUCCGGCUGGUGGUUCAAUGCCUGUGGAUUGACCAACCUCAAUGGAAAGUACUACACACCACCAAAUCAUACGUACCAGACGUCUUUUUUGUCUUGGCCAACAUGGAGGCUAUACGAAUCUCUGAAAUCCACAACAAUGUCUGUGAUUUGUAACUAGAGGGGAAUUUAAACAAGGGGAAUUAUUUCUGUAAUUAUUUUGUAUAUCUAUAACAAUAUUUGUAUUUAGAUUUGGAUGGAGAAGGGAAAAGCCUGACAGAGAUUCUAAACCCUCCUCGCUCUAUCCAAAAACUGGAAAAAAUGUUGCCUGAAAGCUGAAGUUUAAUCUGCCGAUAGUUGCCUUCGUUGGUUCCUUCUUCCCUCACUCAUGAACAAUCUAAUAAAAGUUUUGAAGAAAAAAAA